AACAGUACCAAACAAUUUUUGUUCAUUCAGAGCUUUACUCACUCCUUUGCACGUCUCAAUCUGAGUCUUCACUUCAUUGUUUUUGUGAUUCUCUGUCUCAAUAAUGGCAGCACGCUUGCAAUCUGCAGCUUUGCUGCAUUAGCAUUUUGGGACCAUUUUGUUCUUUACCACUACUUUUUCUCAGUGAUGCCAUUGUUGUAUUGUACUCUUCCUUGUGCUAGAUCUGAAGCUGUGAGGCCAAACUCUCUCAUUUCAUUUCCAUCCCGUGCUUAAAUUGGAAGCUGGAACCUAGUUUAUGCCCUGCUUGAUUUGGUUGCUCUUUAACCCUUUUCAGAAAUCAAAAGCACUUGCAAGUUCCAUUCUUUCAGUUUCAUCAUCAGGUUUUAGUACUUUGCUGGUGUUCCCUAUAGGGAAAGAUGAAAUUGAAGUCUAAGAAAGGAUGGAAAUCUAUUGUACCACUUCGUUUGAAAGGAAAAUCAGCAACCCAUUUUUUGUUAUUUCGCAAAGUCAAUUCUGCUGGCUAUGGACCUGGCAAAACACCAGUUUAUCUGAAUGUGUAUGACAUGACACCCAUGAAUGGUUAUGUGUAUUGGGCUGGUCUUGGUAUCCAUCACUCUGGUGUAGAAGUUCAUGGUGUAGAAUACGCGUUUGGAGCUCAUGACUACCCAACAAGUGGUGUUUUUGAGGUUGAACCUCACCAAUGCCCAGGCUUCAAGUUCAGGAAGUCAAUAUUCAUAGGAACCACAUCUUUGGAUUCUACUCAGGUUAGGGAGUUCAUGGAACGCCAGUCAGCAAGAUACAACGGUGACACAUAUCACUUAAUUGUCAAGAACUGUAACCACUUCUGCAAAGACAUCUGUUACAAGCUGACGGGGAAAUCGAUUCCAAAAUGGGUAAAUCGACUGGCCAGACUAGGUUCAAUUUGCAAUUGCAUUCUUCCUGAAGCACUAAGGAUUUCUGCUGUGGCGCAUGAUCCUAAUUAUCAGCCUCAUGAUAGUGAAAAGAGAAGGCUUCGAAGUGGCUUCAAUUGCUUGUCCUCAAUCUCAAAGCGUCAAAAACACCUUUCCACAUCUUCACUGUUUCUACAGUCACCCAUAAGAGGCUGCUUAUCGUCGUCAUGGCCCUCCUCGGAAUUGAGAAAAUCCAUUAACCGUUCCUUGAAAGAAAGAUAACCGAACUUUGAGAAGGUAGGAAAUGAAUGAUUUUAAGAAUCUUGUAAUGUAAGUAGGAUUUGGUUUCAUCACAUAACCUCAUUUUCUUUUAUUUUUCUUUCCUUGUCUUUUGCUGUUAAACCUGUCCUGUUAUUUUAUUUUAUUUUUAUUUUUUAUUUUUUUUUAUUGUGGUGACUAAGAAUGAUCCUUUCCAAGCUGUAGAAGAAACUUUAUAAAUGAGCAUCACCACCAUCUGCUGUGCUGUAUUAUUAUUAUUAUU